AUGCUUCCAAUCACACUUUAUUCUCAUCCUUUCGGUCCCAACCCGUGGAAGGUGGCUCUCAUCCUCGAAGAGCUGAACAUCCCUUAUACAACAAAGUUUGUAGAUUUCUCCGAAGUCAAGAAGGAGCCGUAUACUCAACUCAACCCAAACGGACGGCUGCCAUCUAUCCAAGACCCUAACACCGACAUUACACUCUGGGAAUCCGGUGCCAUCGUCGAAUACUUGAUUGAGGAAUAUGAUGUCAAACACCGGUUGAGCCAUAACACCUUCCCCGAGAUAUAUCUCGCGAAGCAGUGGCUGCACUUCCAAGCUUCUGGCCAAGGGCCAUACUAUGGUCAGGCUUCUUAUUUCACCCGGUUCCACUCCGAGAAAAUUCAGAGUGCUAUUGACCGAUACGCAAACGAGAUCCGUAGAGUCACUGGAGUUCUUGAAUCCGUGUUGAAGACUCGAGACUGGUUGGUCGGCGACAAGUGUACAUACGCCGAUCUCUGUUUUAUAGCAUGGCAAAGAUGGGCACCUCGAUAUGGUGGUGAAGAUAUUUAUAAAGAUUGCCCACAUGUGGAGAUAUGGCUGGAGAAGAUGAAGAGGAGGCCUGCAGUCAAGAAGAUUUUUGCUGAUCAGGAUCUCGCUAUGGCAGAGGCCGAGAAUGAAUGA